AUGUCCCAGAUACCGUUGAAGAUUUCCCAAACGGCCGCAGACAAACCGGAUGUCGGGGCAAUUCGAGGAGAUGUUGUCACUAUCAUCAUGUACCAUGUCAAGGUGCAAUUUUGGUCUCUUCUAAGGGCUUACUGGUUCUUCUACUUCAUUACUGGCUAUCUUAGCAUCUGGAUCGAACUCAACUUGUAUGUCUGGGUGAUUACAGGAAGUUUUCCACUGCAAUUAUUCGCAUCGACGUCGACAGGGGUGGCCUUGCUACCCAUAGGGCUCUUCUGGCUAGGAUGA